AUGGCCGGUCUGGCUGCAAGAGCAAGCCGUAUCAAUAGCCCAGUACUAUUUAUAUGCGACAUUCAAGAAAAGUUCCGCGAACACAUCUAUGAGUUUUCGAAAGUAGUAUCCACCUCUCAAAAACUACUCCGAGCAAGCACCGCCCUGAACAUCCCCGUCUAUGUCACGACGCAGAACAAAGCACGACUGGGCGACACAGUGCCUGAGCUACUGAAAUAUCUCCCCUCCGACUCCAGCGCUGGCAACACGCUCCUAGGCAACGUCGACAAAAUGGCCUUUAGCAUGUACACACCGGACAUACUCACUCGUCUGCAACAACAAAACACGCAAAAAGACAUCAAAACGAUAGACGCCAUCCUCACCGGCAUCGAGACGCACAUCUGCGUCACCCAGACAACCCUCGACCUCCUCUCCGCCGGGCACAGAGUAUACAUAAUCGCCGAUGGCGUGAGUAGUGUCAACGCCGAAGAAAGAGGCAUUGCGCUCAACCGGUUGCGCGACGCAGGCGCUAUCGUGACUACGAGCGAGAGCGUCGUUUUUGAGGUUUUGAGGGAUGCUGGCGCAAAUCCGGCCUUUAAGGGGGUGAAUGCUUUGAUCAAGGAGACUAAGGAGGAUACGAGGGAGGCUGUGCGGGUGCUUUGUAAAUAUUGA